CUUUUAUACUUUAAUAGCAUUUUCUUUUAUUAUUAGUGACAUUUUCAAUGCAAGAUAUUUGCUGGUAAUGAAUUACUUACAGUGUGGUAUUAGUACUUUCACUCAAGUAAUGGCUAUUUCUUCCACUACUGUAAUCCACUGAUUACUGAGUGUGUUUGGAAUGCUAGAUGUAUCUGGUUACCAAAUGGCUCCGUGUGUUAUGUCGUUAUCUCAAGGCGGGUCUCACAAGUGCAUGGACUCCACUCCUCCAGCCGCACUGUCCCCACACAGAGGUCACACUCAGCGGUUGCUACGCUGCGGUGUUAGCGUUGCUGUUGCCGGGGAGGCAGAGGUGGAGGCGGAGUGCAGCCUGUUGGGACGGACUGUGGCAGACAGAGGACGCAGCUGUCACAUGCUGGUUGAGCGGUGCCUCAAAGCUGACCUGUGCGACGAGGAAUUAAGUAGAUGAACAUAUUUCGUAAAAUGGGAUCUGAUUUUUCCUGAAAAAAAACAGUUUGUGUUAAAAGUAACAAGCUAUUAAAGUUGAGGUUCGCGCAAACACACCGUUUGGACUGGAAGACGUUCGGUCGCGUAAGUAACGUUACCAGUUGCCGGGGAGACGGUAGUUAAGCGGAGAAAGCAACGACGGCCCACUGUAAAAUAAGUACAGCCAAUCAUUUUUAAAUCGUCGCAGGAGAGUAAAUUCAACAGGGCAAUUAAAUUCCUUGGAACCGAAGAAGACAUCGUAAGAAGGCGAGGAUCAAAGCAGCAUGGUUACUACAAAGGGAGCAGGUCUGAAUCCCAAUGCUAAAGUGUGGCAGGAGGUCCCUGUCCACCAGAAUGACAACCCAGAAGGGACAGAGGAUUCUCCUUGGCUGCAGACCUACCCUCCUCCCACUGAGAUGACCAACGGUUACUCAGACGUUCCGUCUGCAGGGUGUAAAGGACAGAACACUGAAUAUCCUGACAGUGCUGCUGACUAUGCCCCUGUACCCACAGAGGGCAUUGUGAAUGGCAUCAACCACCCUGACUUGGGGUAUCUUGUCUUUGACCCACAAAGCAAAUCAGCCACAGAUGAUGAUGUUUCUAAGGAUCAACCAAUGUCGGAGGAGAGCCUAAGAGAAUCUUUGAAGAAACAGCUUGAGUUCUGCUUCUCUAGGGAGAACCUCUCCAAGGACCUGUACCUGAUAUCCCAGAUGGACAGUGAUCAGUUUGUUCCGAUCUGGACCAUUGCUUGCAUGGAGGACAUCAAAGCCCUCACCACUGACAUGGACCUCAUUCUGGAUGUACUGCGAGCCUCUCCCAUGGUGCAAGUUGAUGAAACUGGAGAGAAGGUCCGGCCAAAUCACAGUCGCUGUAUCAUUAUUCUGAGAGAGGUGCCAGAGACUACACCAGUUGAGGAGGUGGAGGCUCUUUUUAAGAGUGAAAACUGUCCAAAAGUGUUAUGUGCUGAGUUUGCACACAACAGCAACUGGUACAUAACAUUUCAGUCAGAUAUGGAUGCACAACAGGCUUACAGAUACUUAAGAGAAGAAGUGAAGAUGUUCCAGGGAAAACCAAUCAUGGCCCGCAUUAAGGCCAUUAACACAUUCUUUGGUAAGAAUGGCUUCCGCAGUGUGGACUCAAGUGUGUACAGUCAGCAUGCCCAACCACAGGCCCAGUAUGGCUCCCCUGUCUACAUGCAACAGAUGUACAGCCCUCAGCAGCAGUACCCAGUUUAUCCUGUGGUGUCUCCCUCCUGGAACCCUUCAGUCAUGCCUUACUUUGAAACACCACUGGCACCAUUCCCUAAUGGUGGCUUCAUGAAUGGAUACAGCAGCGCUGGGAACUACAAAGCAAACUCAAGCUCCAACACCCAUCGACCCAUGAGCAGGAACCGAAACCACGUGAAGGGUCACCACAGGCCAGCUGACGUGCCCCCUCAUUCUCCUUCUUCUUUGGCUCUGGGGGCCCUGAUGGAUGGCCUGUGUGGUCCUUUGACUCCACACCACCUCCAGAUAUCAGGGACACCAAGUGGGACCACUUCAGAGCCAGUCUCUUUGCCCUCCAGUCUUAAAGAAGCUUCUCUACAGGCCACUAUAUCCAGUGGAGAUCUGAGUGGGGGUGGACGGGGCAGGAGAGGUGGCCACAGAGGCAUGAGGAGGAAAAGAGAAGAUGAACAUACCAUGCGUCCUAUCCCUUUGAUGGAGGCCAAGGUAUCACCUCCACCGAAGUUUGACCUGGCAGCUUCCAAUUUUCCUCCUUUACCGGGAUCUGUGGUCAGUACGCGGGGAGAAACCACGCCAGAGAUGCGCCUCUCUGAUGUUGUACGUGGCCUAAAGGUGACCAACAAGUCUGUGAGCCAAGAAGUUACUGAGACCCGAAACACAACCAUCUCAGAAGAUCCUGUGAGCGUACCAGAUUCUGUGGCCCUUGCUGCUAAACCUACUCCUGUGACACCACAAACGGUGGCACCCACCUCAAGUGUUUCUCCUUCAGUAAAAGAAGAGGAUAAAGCUGAACAUACCAUUCCAGAAGAAACAAGGUCCUCGUCAACACAGGCUGUUUCUGCAGCAGCACCAGAACAUGCCCCCUCCACCUGCAGCCAGUCUGUCUCCACAGAAGCACCUUCUCCAUCUCCCCCAACUCCAACAUCAGAUCUAGGGCCAAGAAAGCUCAGCUAUGCAGAGGUGUGCCAGAAGAUGGCCAAGGACCCGCCACCAGCACAGCCGCCCUCUCCCUCCCCUCCUGCCCCCUCAGCUAGCCAGCCCCUGCAAGAGCUCAAGGUCAACAGGGUUGAAGAACCUUUGCCUAACUCCAGGCGCACAACAGACAAAUCGGAGAAAGCUGGAGACAGCAGGCCACCUCGUCAACCAUUACGCUCCUUCAGAGGGGCGAAUGGCCAAGCCAGAGUUGGAGGUGCAGGGCUAAAGAUUCGGGAGCAUCAGAGAGGCCUGAAUGCUGGCAAACAGUUUUCUCCACAGCGGGGCGCCAGACGCAGUGGCAAGGAACAGAACAUUCCCCCAAGGUCACCAAAGUAACUAAAGAAAAAUCUUUUAAACAUUAACUAAAACAGAAAUAAAACAAAUAUAUAUGUAAAUAUAUAAUAUAUGUAAAUAGAGAGAUGAAUAUAUUUCAUUUGACAGACUGUCAAAGAAUCUCUAAGCAUUGUUGGAGACCUGAAAUUAUUUGAAGACUCUUAAGUAGAUAUUCCUUUUAGGGAAAUGCAUAUAGUCUACUGACAGAAAUGCAGAUUCUUGGGGUGAUAAAACAUACUUAAAGUAAUAUCACCAUAAACAGGCUAAACCUUGUGCGUGUGUGUGUUUGAGAGCAAGAACGAGUGAUAUAGUAUCCUUUAAAAUAUAUGGUGUUCUAACAUUUAGUACGCUUUGUCUAAAUGCAAAAUGACAAUAAGGCAUAUCUGAUUUCUGUCUGAGUGGUUAUUGUUUGCAUGUGAUUCCUCUUAAGCUUUUCAUCAAAUUUGCUUUGAAUAUACAGUAUAAUUAUUUAUGAAAUGGAGGAUGUUGCGUCCACGACAGAAUAAUAGAAACAGUGGGGUGUGUGAUUCACUACAGAGGGUUUAAAUUUUGAUGAGUAGCAGUGUUUGAAGAAAUUCUCAUGAUUGUGAAAUCUUGCUCUAUAAAUAAUCCUGGUGAAAUACUAAAUUACAUUGAUUCAAAACAUUGCGUCAUGUAAUGAUUAUAGGCCUUGAAUGUUUUGUGCAGUAGUUGUCAGUGAUACAGAUAUUAGAUCACUACUGCUAACAUUUGAAAUAAGCACUAUAGUAUAUCUUGAGAAGAUUUGCCUAUGUCAUUUUUGCAUGAUUGAAUCAGUGAGUUAGCUCUUGUGUAAAUCCGUGUAUGAGUUUCUUAGGAUUAUUCCAUGUAAGCAGGAGCAGUAAGACGGUCUCCAUGUUUUAUCAGAUGGCAACUUUGGUUUCAGUCCUUGCUUUUCUCAAACACUCUUAACUGGGACCAGUUAAAAAUUGAUGCAGUAAACUAGUUCACCAUGAUAACCUAUGGUGCACAGCUUACCUGUUCCAGACCUGCUAAUCAUGGUAACAUAAUGAAUGGAUAGUUCUGUAUUUUGCAGUUUCGGUUAAAUUUUUAGAUGAUAGAUGUUCAAGAGUCAUCUGUGACUAACAUCUGCAUGUGAACUGUCAAAACAUAAUGGUCUGUUGGACCCUUUUUUUUUUUUUUUUCCAAUAGAAAUUUGUCACCUUGAUUUGAAGUAGCUUUUUGAUGGUUGAUGCUGUGGCCAGUGUCUCCUCUUGAUUUGGUUACAUUGCCUGCAUCAUCUGUUUUGAUGGCUUCAGAUGAAUGUAGUCUGUUGAUGUAUAACCACAUUUGAGCUUCAUUUUGUAAAUGUCUAUGUAUUAGCUUUCUUGAGUGUGUUUGUGUGUGUGUGUGUGUGUGUGUGUUUGUGUGUAUACAGGGUUAUUUUUGAUCUGCCUUGUUAAUGUAUUUGUUUUCCUGCUGUAGAAGAAGUUUCAUUUUCUAUCUAAUUUUAAUGUUUUUCUUUUCAUGUUAUCCUGUAUCUUUAUAACAUUUGGAAAUUGUUGUGUAGACUUAUCUGAGAAAAUAUGCUUGGUUAUUGACAGCUGAGUUGAAUUGCUGAGCUAUACAGUCAGGGCUCAUGGGUCAACAAUGAGCAGAACAUACUUGCAGUGGUGUGAAUGGAAAUGCAUUAUGCUUUGAUCUCAAGGCUUUCGAUCAUUACAGAAGUAACAAAUGGAAAGAUGUUGCACAGAAAUGCUGAACUUAUACUAUAUGUGUUUUCAUUCCAUCUGAAUAGUCUGUGGUGUUGCAAAUGGAAAAGAACAAAAGAUGAUUGACAGUUAAGUAUUAAAGAUUUUCAGGUAUAGGGGAAUAAAAAAAUUUGCCUUAGAUAAGUGAUUAGAGUCGUCUGCUUAUAGAGAAUUUACUGCAGUGUACAGUAUGUUGUUUUUGUUCUUUUUUGUAAUCAGUAGUUCAGCUGUCUCCUCCGUGUGUGUGAGUGUGUGACUGACAAUGUAAACUUGGGUAGGAGAGAGAGAGAGAGAGAUUGCUUCUGGUUCAGACUUCAUGGAACUAUUAUCUCAAAGCAAACCUCCAGUGCCUUAACAGUGUUUCAUUUCGAUAUAAAAAGUGCGAGAAUUUUGAGCACAUCAGUUACACUGAUCAAGGCUGGUUUAGUUGGUUAUCAAAAUCCAACAUGGUCAGUUUAUGACACUUGGAGACACUAGAUCCUGUCCAAUGUAAAUCUCAGUUUAUUGUAGCUGCAGUUGGCAGGAGUGGAGCUAAAUGUGUAUGUGCAUGCUUGUUUGUCCAUUGCUAGGUGUGUAUGAUAAAGUUUCAAUUAUGUUAGCUUGUCAAUGCAAUGUCAGUCUUAUAUCAGAAUCCUGCUUAUAAAUGUCACAAUCAAACAUGGUAUUGCAAUUUUCAGCCAAGUACACACUGGUUUAUCAAGUGAAUAUUUUAUUACUGAGCCUGAUGUAUGAAAAUAAAGAUUUAUUUUUAAACA